CACACACACACACACACACACACAGAUGGGGGAAGGGAAUAGAAGAAUUGCGAGAGGUUUGUAUGAGAGAGCAAGCCAAAGUGAAAAAAGAGAAGCGAGUGAGUUUUAUGAGAAACUAAAGUCGAAAAGAGAUGGAAAAAUAAGGGCGUUAGACUUUAACAAGGGUGUUGAAUCUAGUCUUUCCAAGGAAAAAAUUUUCAAGCAACUUGAUUUGGACGGAGACGGAUUCCUCGACUUCGACGAUGUUCUGCUGCUCUUCUACCACAGCAUCAAAAAGGCCAUCACCAUCCUCCGUUGUCGCGGCUGUUCCAUACUUAUUUAUGGCACUGCUCAUUCAUGCUUCCAAUGCUUCUUCAACACUGCUGAUCACAGGUUCUCCCUUUGCCAUGAUUGUAAUUCCACAGGAAAGGUCCCACACGGACAUCCCUUGAUCUCCUCGUCCUCAUCCUCAUCCUCAUCCUCAUCUUCCUCCUCUUUGUCGCGCGACCAAGCUCUUCUUAUUAAGUUUAGCGACCUCAUCUCUGCUCAUCCAUCAACCUUUCCAUCCAAGAAGGAGUUGGAAAAAAUGUGGGAGGAAGCCAAGUGCCAAGCUGGAACAGCCUCCCCGGCCGUGGAGGGCAUGGCAGAUAACUACUUCAAAUCCAUGGGAUCCAACAAUCGCAUCGAUAUUAAAAAGUUUUCAUCGACUCUCACCAAACAGCAAGAGAAAUUCCUUACUCCCAGACCAGAUUCUGAGCCGGAAACUAAUUAUAUGAAGAACACGUUGGCAAUGAAAAUGAGACAAACCCGAGAAACAGCAACUGCGUAUCAUACAGCUUCACCUUCAACUCCCCACACAUAUUACGCGAAUCAUCCUAUUCAUAUUCCUUCGAGUUAUGGUCCGAACAUGCAGACUUCUUCAAGUGGAACAAUAUCUCCACUGAAAAUGGUGACUACCACAUUCAAAAUAGUGGAAAUGGCCCUCACCAUAGCCAGCCUUUCCAGCAUGUGCACUAUCAUGUGACUAUAGUUGGAUUGUAAUGUAAUGUCAUUUCUUAUUUUUGGAUGUUUAUUAUGUUGACGAGUACUCUUUUUCCUACUCGAUCAUCUUUAUGUUGAGCUGCUUUGAGAGGUUUUAAUGAGGCUCGAUGUUUUGUGUGCUUCAUAAUUUUCAUGUCAUGACCUUAUUAUAUUGAUGAACUGCUUCGAGAGGAGGCUCGAUUUUAUU